UACCAGUCAUGAAACGAAUUCUUCUGUUUUUCAUCCUGGCUGCUGCUGUUAUGUAUGGUAUACUGCAUGGAAAUCUGUGGAGAAAUAACCUCUACUGGCUGCCACCAACCGCUGUGGAGAGGAGGAAUGUGCUGGACACCUGUCUCCUGAAACCAGCAUUUGAAUCUUUACUGGGUGUCGACAAAAUAUACCCAUUCCUGUGCGCUAAUGAUUUUAUCAGAGUGGCGGAGUUCCACGGGAGUGAUAAGUUUGAACUACCAUAUGGAAUAAAGAGAGCAGAGCAAUUUUUUCAUUUAGCCCUUUCAAGACUGCAGAACUGUGGACUUUCCAAUGAAGAUGACAGCAUUGCGUGUCGACGGUGUGUUGUGGUCGGUAAUGGAGGAGUACUUCGAAAUAAGACGUUAGGGGAGAAAAUUGACUCCUAUGACGUGAUAAUAAGAAUGAAUAAUGGCCCUGUUAUAGGGUAUGAAGAGGAUGUCGGGAGGAGAACUACUUUCCGCCUUUCUUACCCGGAAUCCAUCUUUUCGGAUCCGAUCCACUACGACCCUAAUACGACUGUUGUUCUCAUCGUCUUCAAACCACGUGACUUGAAGUGGCUUUGGGAGAUACUAAGUGGUCAGAAAAUAAGUGCUAAAGGCUUCUGGAAGAAACCAGCUCUGAACAUGAUAUACAAAUCUAGUCAAAUCAGGAUCCUUGAUCCCAGCAUCACCAGAAAAACUGCUUAUGAAUGGCUUCGUUUCCCAACAAGGUUUCCCAAGAAGGAGAAACCCAAGCAUCCAACAACGGGGCUAAUUGCCAUUACACUAGCGUUUCACAUAUGCCAUGAAGUUCACCUGGCAGGUUUCAAGUAUGACUUCACUGACAGAAACAGUUCUUUGCACUACUACGGUAACGAGACGAUGUCUCAGAUGAUGCAGAAUGAAUACCACAACAUCAACGCUGAGCAGAAAUUUUUGAAGAAGCUUAUAGACAAGAACUUUGUGGUCAAUUUGACAUGAAAGCUGAAUGGAAAAUACGAAGAACAAUCACUACUUUGAAGAUUUGCAAAAAUUUUUAUUUUUUUGUAUGACAUUUUUAUUUUUUAUGUGCAGCAUAACUGUUUACUGUUUAAAAGGAGCACAGAAACCUCACCAAGGCAGAAGCUUCUUCUAAGCCUGAGGGUAAUGAACUAUUGCAAACAAGAGUUAACUGAAUUUCUGUGAAGCUAUUUAAUAAUGGGGAAAACCAUGAAACUUUCAUCCGAAAGUAUCAGGGAUAUAUAAAAAUGUGAUGCACAUCACUUAUUUAUCAGCAAGAACUCUCCAAAUGAUUACUUCUCUGGAAUACUUUUGCUUCUGAUGUUGUCAGAACAGUUACACUGUCAAGAGACUGAGAUAACCAGUGCUCAAUUAGUAGAUGGAUGUAAAGUCUUGAAUGUCUGUCUUGUAGUAUGAAAAUGGCUUUAAAACGAUGCCUCUAAAUCAUUACUGUGUGUUUGGGAGAAGGGGGAACAUACUGAGCGUACAGAUUUUAGUCUACCCUACUGAGGAGGGGAGCUCCAUCUUCAGCAAAGAAGCCACUGCUCCUGCACUGGCCAUCGGCUCUGA